AUGCAGUCUCGCGCAUUGCCGCGGCUUACAAGCUACUCCAGAAGAGCAUUGGUAUUGCCCAUAUCGGAUAAUGACCGAUCCGUGCAACUUUGUAAACUCGUUCGUUCGAUUUGCUCUUCCAAUUAUCCCGGAAGCGCAAGACCCAGAAGGGAAGGAUGUAUCCGGAACCCGAAAGUGGUACAAGAACGACCGGAAUGGCUGAUCGGGAAGCUGUGCAGAGAUGGUAGAAUCGGAGAAGCACGCAAACUGUUCGACGGAUUGCCUGAGAGAGACGUGAUCACAUGGACGGAUUUGAUCACUGGGUAUACCAAGUUACGGAACAUGAGAGAAGCUAGAGAGCUUUUCGACAGGGCCGAUUCUAAGAAAAAUGUGGUGACUUGGACCGCCAUGGUUCGUGGGUACUUGGAAGCUAAGCAGUUUCUUGCAGCAGAGACGCUUUUCCUUGAAAUGCCAGAGAGAAAUCUAGUUUCUUGGAACACCAUGAUUAACGGGUAUGCUCAGAGCGGGAGGAUCGAUAAGGCCCUGAAACUGUUCGACGAAAUGCCUGAGAGAAACGUGGUUUCUUGGAACACGGUGAUCACGGCGCUGGUGCAGCGUGGGAGGAUGGAAGAGGCGACGGAGCUGUUCGAGAGAAUGCCUAAAAGAGAUGUCAUUUCAGAGACCUGUAUGGUCCAUGGAUUGGCGAAGAACGGUAAGGUCGAUGAGGCGAGACGAGUUUUCGACUGUAUGGUUGAAAGAAACACUGUUUCGUGGAAUGCGAUGAUCACAGGCUACGCACAUAACAAUAGGAUUGACGAAGCUGACGAGUUGUUUCAAGUGAUGCCGGAGAGAGACUUUGCUUCAUGGAAUACUAUGAUCACUGGGUUUAUGCGGAAUGGGGAGACAAACAGGGCGUGUGGUUUGUUUGAUCGGAUGCCUGAGAAGAAUGUUAUAUCAUGGACCACGAUGAUUACAGGGUACGUUGAGAAUAAAGAAAACGAAGAUGCGUUGAAAGUUUUCUCAAAUAUGUUAAGGGAUGGGUGUGUUAAGCCUAAUGUAGGGACUUACUUGAGCAUUUUAAGCGCAUGUAGUGACUUGGCUGGGCUUGUGGAAGGGAAGCAGAUUCACGGGUUGAUAUCUAAGUCGGUCCACCAGAAGAACGAGUCUGUGACUUCAGCUCUUGUCAACAUGUACUCAAAAUCCGGUGAACUGGUUGCUGCCAAGAAGGUUUUCGAUUAUGGGGAGGUGAGCCAGAGGGAUGUGAUAUCAUGGAACAGUAUGAUCGCGGUUUAUGCACACCACGGUCGUGGGAAAGAAGCAAUUGAAAUGUACGAGCAGAUGCGGAGACACGGGUUUAAACCAAGUGAGGCCACGUAUGUUAACUUGCUAUCUGCUUGCAGCCAUGCGGGGUUGGUAGAGAAAGGAAUUGAGCUUUUUGAGGAGCUUGAGAGAGACGAGUCACUUACUGUUGGAGAAGAUCACUAUACGUGUUAUGUUGAUCUUUGUGGUCGGGCUGGUCGUUUGGAAGACGGGUUAAAGUUCAUCAACCGCGACGAGGCUAGGCCGUCGAGAUCGGUUUAUGGAGCGCUCUUAUCGGCUUGUAAUGUUCACGGUGAAGUGGGUAUUGCGAAGGAGGUGGUGAAGAAGGUUCUGGAGACAGGGUCGGAUGAUGCUGGGACUUAUGUGAUGAUGUCUAAUAUAUAUGCGGCGAGUGGGAAGAGGAAGGAAGCUGCCGAGAUGAGAAUGAAGAUGAAGGAGAGAGGGUUGAAGAAACAGCCUGGGGUCAGUUGGAUUGCGAUCGGGAACCAGUCGCAUGCGUUUGUGGUUGGAGAUUUGUCUCAUCCUUGCUUUGAUGUUCUUGAUUCAGUAAUAUCCGAUCUUAGCAAUAAAAUGAGGAAGGAAAGAAACAUGACUUCAGAAGCGGAAGAAGAUUAUGAGUUGUUGGCUAUUUGA